GGUCUCGCGAUAACAGCCAGGCGUCCUAUAGUCGCCAUUUAAAGCACAGUUAGGGGCAGCGAGCACAGAGCACCGUUUAUUGGACCGAGUGUCAGUUUGCUGGCCAUUUACGUAUCGAGCCAUUGCAUAUCCAGGUAUAGGCCUCUUCGCACCACGGCGACAACACCAGCUCGGUUAGAGACUCGGUAGAUACCGGGAAAGCCACAGUGUUAGCACGACAAGCUAGCUGCUAGUCGUUACCUGUUCAGGCCUGAGGUGUUUGACCCGGUGGCUACUUGGUCGUUGGAAGCUGAUCGGCCAGCGUGACGUCCGAGUUGUAGGUUAUCCAACAGCAUUAACAGAAUGGCAGAUGACCUGGACAUCGAGGCGAUGCUAGAGGCGCCAUACAGAAAGGACGACACCAAGGCCCUGAGUCCCAAUGGUCAGGACGAACGUACCAAGAGGAGAAAGCGCAGCCACGACAGAAAGCGCAGCAGGAGCCGCGAUAGAAAGAGAAGCCGCAGUCGAGAUCGUAAACGCAGCCGCAGCAGAGAGAGGCGGAGAAGUCACAGCCGCAGCAGAGAGCACCGCCGCAGUCGCAGCAGAGACAGGGGGGGGCGUUACCGAGACCAUCACAAGCACCGCCGGCGGUCAAGGAGUAAAAGCCCUGUAAAGAAAGAGAAGAGUCCGAUCAGGCCUCCGAUGGAUAACCUGACUCCAGAAGAGCGAGAUGCUCGGACUGUGUUCUGUAUGCAGCUAGCAGCCAGGAUUCGACCCCGAGACCUGGAGGAAUUCUUCUCAGCUGUGGGAAAGGUUCGGGAUGUGAGGAUGAUCUCAGAUAGGAACUCCCGUAGGUCCAAAGGCAUUGCAUACGUCGAAUUUGUGGAAUCAAGCUCAGUUCCUCUGGCCAUCGGACUGACGGGGCAACGACUCCUGGGAGUUCCCAUUAUCGUACAGGCCUCACAGGCAGAGAAAAACCGAGCAGCAGCCGCAGCAGCAGCAGCGGCAGCAGCCGCCAACAGCCUGCAGAAAGGAUCCUCAGGACCCAUGAGGCUGUACGUCGGCUCCCUGCACUUCAACAUCACAGAGGAAAUGCUGAGAGGAAUCUUUGAGCCGUUUGGACGGAUUGAGAGCAUCCAGCUGAUGAUGGACAGUGAGACGGGCCGAUCCAAAGGCUACGGCUUCAUUACUUUUUCAGAUGCAGAGUGUGCAAAGAAAGCUCUGGAGCAGCUCAAUGGCUUUGAGCUGGCUGGACGACCAAUGAAAGUCGGGCAUGUGACGGAGCGGACCGAUGCUUCCACUGCUUCAUCUUUCCUUGACAGCGACGAAUUGGAACGCACAGGCAUUGAACUGGGAACCACCGGACGACUCCAGCUGAUGGCCCGACUGGCAGAGGGAACUGGUCUGCAGAUCCCUCCUGCUGCUCAGCAGGCUCUACAGAUGAGUGGAGCUAUUGCGAUAGGAGCCAUGGCAGCAGUGUCAGCUGCCAUGAACCCAGUCAUCAACCCGGCUCUGAACAUGAGUAUGAACUCUGCUGCCCUGAACCUCCCCUCUCAGCCACUUGCCACACACUGCUUCCAACUGUCCAACAUGUUCAACUCCAACAGUGAGGAGCCUCCUGGCUGGGAGCUGGAUAUCCAGCAUGAUGUCAUAGAGGAGUGUAACAAACAUGGAGGAGUCGUUCACAUCUACGUGGACAAAAACUCUGAGGGAAAUGUGUAUGUGAAAUGCCCGUCUAUCCCGGCUGCUAUGGCCACUGUCAACGCGCUGCACGGGAGAUACUUUGCUGGUAAGAUGAUCACUGCAGCAUACGUCCCUCUGCCCACGUACCAUAACCUGUUCCCAGAAUCCGUUACUGCCACACAGCUUGUGGUUCCACCCCCCCGGCGGUGACUGGACUCCAGAGCCCACCCCUGCUUUACGUCGUCCUCUCCUGUUGUUGGAUGCUGGACGGACUUCUGGUUGAGCUCCGUGAGCUGUGAUGAGGCGGGAUGAUAAAGUUGGUGCCAGCUUACUGGUUGUUGAUAUUUCAUUGUUUUUCUAACAAAGAUUUGAUUUUGUAAAAAUGUUGAUUAAAUUUUAUUUUGCAGUCA